AUGACACCACCUUAUGCUAGUCAUUUUGCCGGUCUGGUUGAGGCUGGUGUUAAGAGUUGCAAGCAUCACUUGCGACGCGUGAUAGGUGAUGUUAAGCUAACUUACGAACAGUUUAGCACGAUUUUGACUCAAUGCGAAGCUAUCCUGAAUUCCAGGCCUUUGAGUCCUUUGUCCUCAGACCCGCAAGACUACACCCCUUUGACCCCUGCUCACUUCCUCGUUGGACGUCCGCUGACAGCUCCUGCGUGCGCUGACCUCAACGACGCUCCCGUACACCGUCUGACACGAUACCAGCGAGUGGAGCAAAUGCGACAACAUUUCUGGGCCAGGUGGUCGAAGGAGUUCAUAUCCGGCUCGAAGGACCAAUUAACGUUAUAUAAAAAAAGAGCAAAACAAAAAGGGUACGUAUAA